CUCCAUAGUGUUCACACGACCGCCUCAACAUGCUCAAUAUGGAAGUAUUCAAAAAUAUGUUCAUGGACCAGUUUGGAAAAGAAUGAGAUCCCUUGGGAAGAUGUUUCCUCACUCAGGAAAAUCCAUCGUCUUUGACAGCUUUCCAGAUCCGACCAACACCUGGGAGAUAGUUGAGACUAUUGGUAAAGGGACUUAUGGGAAAGUUUACAAAGUCCUUAACAAGGUUAAUGGCAGCAAGGCAGCCGUCAAAAUCCUGGAUCCAAUCCAUGAUAUUGAUGAGGAGAUUGAAGCUGAAUACAACAUCCUGAAAACUCUCUCAGACCAUCCCAAUGUCGUCAAGUUCUUUGGAAUGUUCUUCAAGAAGGAUGUAAAGAAUGGGGACCAGCUAUGGCUUGUGCUAGAGCUGUGCAAUGGAGGAUCAGUCACAGAUCUGGCUAAAGGUAUGCUGAAGAGAGGAGACCGUAUGGAGGAACCCAUCAUAGCCUACAUCACACAUGAAGCUCUCAUGGGUCUCCAACAUUUACACAUCAAUAAGACCAUCCAUCGAGACGUCAAGGGCAACAACAUCCUGCUCACAACUGAAGGAGGGAUUAAGCUGGUUGAUUUUGGGGUGUCGGCCCAGCUGACGAGCACACGUCUCAGGAGGAACACUUCGGUCGGGACACCCUUCUGGAUGGCCCCUGAGGUGAUCGCAUGUGAACAGCAGCUGGACUCCACGUAUGACGAGCGAUGUGAUGUCUGGUCUCUGGGUAUCACAGCAAUAGAGCUGGGUGAUGGAGACCCACCCCUCGCUGACCUUCAUCCAAUGAGAGCUCUCUUCAAAAUUCCAAGAAACCCUCCACCUACUCUACACCAACCAGAGCUCUGGACAAACAAAUUCAAUGAUUUUAUAUGCAAGUGUCUGAUAAAGGAUUUUGAGCUCAGGCCCAAUGUGUUUGACCUUCUUCAGCAUGUCUUCAUCAAACAGAUUGUGGGGCGAGAAAAGACGCUGCAGAAGCAGCUCAUGGAAUUGAUCGACCUCAACCAGCAAAUGGGCAUUAUCGAGAAAACAAGUCAUCAUGGAAAGACUGAAAGGCGAGACAGUGAUUCCAGGCAUGAACGUAUCCACACCAAAAAAGGCAGCUACAUGAAGUCUGAAAGUCAAGCGUGUGAUGAUGUGGAUGAUCUGGCAACCCUUGAGGUUCUAGAUGAAAACACUGUCACAGAACAGCUACAGAGACGUUAUGCAAAGGGACAGAUCUACACAUACGUCGGAGACAUCCUUAUAGGGGUGAAUCCCUUCCAAGAAACAGACCUGUACACCCCUGAGCAUUCGAAGAUGUACAUUGGAGCCAAAAGAUCGUCAAAUCCUCCACACAUAUAUGCAGUGGCAGACAUUGCAUAUCAGUCCAUGGUGUCCUAUAAUGCUGAUCAGUGUAUUGUCAUCAGUGGAGAAAGUGGAGCUGGAAAAACAGAGAGUGCUCACCUGUUAGUCCAACAGCUCACAAUCCUCGGAAAGGCCAACAAUCGAACCCUCCAGGAGAAGAUUUUGUUAGUCAAUAGUCUAGUAGAAGCCUUUGGAAAUGCCUGUACUGUGAUCAAUGACAACUCUAGUCGCUUUGGUAAAUAUCUGGAGAUGAAGUUCACCUCUGGGGGAAUGGUGGUGGGAGCUCAGAUCUCAGAAUACCUACUGGAGAAAUCAAGAGUCAUACACCAAGCUGGAGGGGAACGUAACUUUCACAUUUUUUACUAUAUCUACGCCGGUCUGGCAGAGAGGAAGAAACUCGGCAACUACAAGCUGUCAGAGAGCAAAACUCCAAAGUAUCUCCACAAUGAGAAUGUUAAAUUAAUGCCUGACAUUGUGGGGAGUGCCUUCUAUAAGGAGCAGUUUGAGGCAGUGGAACAGUGUUUUAAAAUCAUCGGCUUCACCCUAGAGGAGCUCGGGAGUGUUUAUAGUAUAUUAGCUGGGAUCCUAAACGCAGGUGAUGUCGAGUUCAUGUCGGUCACGUCUGAGCAUCAGACUGACAAAAGCAACAUUUCCAACAUGGCAGUACUAGAGAGCGCUGCAUCGCUGCUGUGUAUCCGUGCAGACGAGCUGCAAGAAGCCCUGACCUCUCACUGUGUGGUCAUGCGGGGUGAAACCAUCGUCCGGCCGAAUACAGUAGAGAAGGCCACUGAGGUGCUGGACGCAAUGGGCAAAGCCCUGUACGGACGCCUGUUUGGCUGGAUUGUCAACCGCAUCAACUCCCUUUUGAAACCAGACAACCAAUCAGAGGGGGAAGAAAAGGGUCUGAACAUCGGCAUCCUGGACAUUUUCGGCUUUGAGAACUUUAAGAGGAACUCAUUUGAGCAGCUGUGCAUCAACAUAGCCAAUGAGCAGAUCCAAUUCUACUUCAACCAGCACAUAUUCGACUGGGAGCAGGAUGAGUAUCUGAAUGAAGAUGUGGACGCUCGAAUGAUUGAGUAUGAAGACAACCGGCCGCUGCUGGACCUGUUCCUUCAGAAGCCCAUGGGCAUUUUGUCUCUAAUGGAUGAAGAGAGCCGCUUUCCACAGGCAACUGACCAGACACUUGUCGAGAAAUUUGGGGACAACUUAAAAUCUAAAAACUUCUGGAGACCAAAGAGGGCUGAUCUGGGCUUUGGGAUCCAUCACUAUGCUGGAAAGGUGAUCUAUAAUGCAAGUGGGUUUCUGGCUAAGAACAGAGAUGCUCUUCCCGCUGAUAUUGUUCUACUACUGAGGUCCUCAGAGAAUGAAUUGAUCCGUAAACUGGUUACCCACCCACUCACUAAAACAGGUAACCUGGCCCACACCAAAGGCAAGGCUGUAGGAUCUGCUCGUAUGGGCACAUACCCAUCAGAGCGCAACAAAAACUUUGCCAAGUUGGACAUGUUUAUGUUGUUCAAUACUGUGUCAUUCAGUGAGGGGGAGAGCGCCGGAAACAGCACACGUCACCCUCGAGAGACUACCAACAUGAAGACUCAAACUGUAGCUUCUUACUUCAGAUACUCACUGAUGGACCUGUUAUCAAAGAUGGUGGCAGGACAUCCACACUUCAUGCGUUGCAUAAAACCCAAUAAUGAUCGCCAAGCCAGUAAGUUUGACAGGGAGAAAGUUCUGAUCCAACUACGAUACAUGGGUAUUCUAGAAAUGGCCAAGAUCCGGAGACAGGGCUACUCACAUCGUAUUCUCUUCAGCAAUUUCAUUGAGAGGUACUCUAUUUUAGCAUUUAGAGUCAAUGAAGAGCCAACAGUGAGUCCAGAGACCUGUACUACCAUUUUGGAGAAGGCCAAACUAGAGAACUGGGUUCUGGGCAAAACAAAGGUCUUUCUUAAGUACUAUCACGUGGAGCAGCUGAAUCUGAUGGUGCGGCAGACCACAGACCGAAUCGUUCUGGUGCAGGCGUAUAUACGAGGCUGGCUGGCAUUCAGGCAAUACCGUAAGAUUUUGGAGAGGAGAGAACAGAGUGCUGUGGUGUUGCAGUCAGCAUACAGAGGACACAAAGUUCGUAAAAAAGUGGCUGAUGACAAAAGCAAAGCCAAGUCGGAGGCAGCAAUCACCCAGUUCCAGGCUGUGUGCAGAGGAUAUCUGGCAAGACAGAAAUACAAGGAGAUUGUUGAUGAGAAGAACAAAGCUGCUGCAAAGAUCCAGGCCCAUUACAGAGGACACAAAGAGAGGAAGAGCUUCAAAAGGAAAAAGGAAGCCAUGCAGAAGGAGAAGACUGACAAGAUUGAGGAAUCAACAGAGAUCCCACCAGAAGCAUCCAGUCCAGUUUCAGAAGAGCCGCCACAGACAGGAGGGGAAGUGGAUGAGGCAGACGAAAAGGCUGCUGUGGUCCUCCAGAGCAAUUACAGAGGCUACAGAGAGAGAAAGAAGUACAAGGAGCGGCGGGAACGAAAUAAGAUCUUGACUGGGGAUGAGUUAGCUGGUACCUCGUCCACUACUGCAGAACAAGUUAAUUCUGGAGAAGACUUGGAUGCUAUACAAGAGGGAAAGCAGAAUAAGGUGGGGGAAGAGAGGAAGGAGGCUGAGGAAGCGACUGCUGGAGGAGAUGGGGGCAUUGAACAGGAAACCAAGGCGGCCAUUGUUAUCCAGAGCAACUUCAGAGGUCAUAAAGAACGUAAAAGACUCCAGGAAGAGGGAAAGAUGCUGGUUAGAGGGAGGAAUGAGACAAAUAGUCCUCCAGAAGAGGAAGAACUGCCCAUUCCAGAUCCACCACCUCCGGAAGGAUUGUUGGAAUUGCCAGAGGAUUUAGGAAAAGAAGACGAGCCUCCAGUAGAACCCUCAGGUGAAGAUGAAGAGGCCAAAGCCGCAGUGGUGCUUCAGAGCAACUUCCGUGGCCACAAAGAGCGCAAACGACUCCAGGAGGAAGGCAAGAUCCCCAAGAAAAAGACGAAAGAGGAUUUCAACAAGCCAGAGGCUUUUGAAGAAGACAUCCCCAUUGAGGACUUUCCACCUCCUUUAGAUGAACCAACAGAGCUUCAGGAAGCCCAAGAACUAGAUUCAGAUGAGGCACUUGAUAUCCCAGUCAGUGUGGACGAGGAACAUGCUGCAACUGUUUUACAGAGCAACUUCAGAGGCCAUUGCGAGAGAAAGAGACUGAGAGCGGAAAGAGUGGGAGGGCAAGGGAGAGGAGAAAAUGUGGCUGAAGAUGCAGAGGAGAAUGAGGAAGUCCUGGAGAUCACAGACAUUGAGCUUGAACGGAAGGAGUUAAAUGAAGAGUUGGAGACUCAGGGUGAGGAAAGGUUAUAUGAUGAGGAGCAGGCAGCUAUAACAAUCCAGAGCAAUUUCAGAGGUUACAAAGACAGGAAGAACCUGAAGGCCACAGCUCAACAACAGGAAGAGGAAGUGGAGAAGCUCUUCAUACAGGUAACCAAGGCCUCAGAGGAAUACCUUACCCUGCAGAAGAAGCUUAAUGAAAUUAUCCUCGCCCAUCAGCUCAACCCCAGCAAGAAUGGGAUGUUUGUGAAAGGACAAGCCAUUAAUGGCUACAUGGGGGGCUACCAGACUUCAGCCGAAACAAAGCAUUUGCGGACGCCUCGCCUAACGCAACAACCAAAGACCCUCAACACCCCGGAGGACUCCACAUACUACACACUCAUUCAUAGGUCUGUCCAGGACGAUAAAAGAAGACCAAGAAAACAAAGCCCCAAAAAGCUUGACAAUGAUGACCCAUACUACCAGGGUUUGUCAAGUAGGUCCUCAAGCUCUCUCCCCAGUGACCGACGGCGCUCAAGCAAACAAAGGGCUUCCAUGGAGAGGAGGCGAUCUUUGGAGAGACCACUGUCUGAUGUCCCUAAAUCUGAAAUCCCUGUAGACCUAAAUGAGGAGAGACACUCGUUCUCUAGAAUGCCCUCUACAGAGAGUCAAAGCGAAGACAACCCCUAUGAUUUCAGAAAGAUACUGAGGAAGACCUCCCAGAGACGAAGACUUCUCACACAGCCCUAGACCUCUGGCCAGAGCCUCAGAAUUAUCCAGAGCUUUAGAACUUACAUAUUAUACUAGACCUCGUUGGUGCCAGUUGUCUUUAAAGGGAUAGUUCUCCCUAAAAAUUCAAAAUAUUUACUCACCCUUAUGUCACCCCAAACUUACAUGACUUUCUUUCGUGGAACACAAAAAUUUGAUUUAAAAAUAAAGUCUUCACAAGGUUUAUAUGCCAUAAUGUAAGUAAAUAGUGACUGGUGUGUCAAGAAAAAAAUUAAUAAAAUUAAACACCAGAAAACCACAGUAAAUGUAAUCGAAACGACUAUGCACUAUAUUCUUCUUCUUCUGGUCUUUUGAGACAACAUGAUUACUUUGUGCGAUGAACAGAAGAAAAUUUAUGUCAUUAUUGACUCUCAAAUCAAAUCAUUAACAAAGUAAAACACUUAAAUGAGGUAUGGCAGCUACAUAAAUAACAUCAAACCUCAUUGUUUCUCAUCACGUCUCAUGACCAAGCAUGCAAUAUGACGUCAGGAUGUUUGGUACCAAGAUGCACAAGCUAAUGAGGUUUUAUCAAGGUAGCUGUAUUUGUAUAAUGCAAAUAUGGAUUUGAGUAAAAAUAAACCAGUAACACUUUACAUUAAUAUUCCCUUUUUUAAGGGAUUAUAAAGGAGUUUAUUAAUUAUUAAUAACUCAUUUACAAAUGCAGUAUAAAUCAUUUAUAUGCGGUUAUAACAAAAUUCAUAAAAAUAAUGACUUACAUGCAAUACCUGCGAAAUAGUGAGCCAUUUAACCUGUUAUUAAUACUUAAUAAUGCUUAUACAACAUUAGUAACUUAUGAAAAUGCACCUUAAUGUAAAGUGGACAAAUAUGAAGCAUUUAUUAAGGAGUUGCUAACAUUAGAAACCUAUGUACAUAAAGGUAAUUUAUGCUGUGAAUUUAGACCUGAAAAUUGUUUUUUGCAGAGGACUUUAGAUAACUAGGACUGGGUAAGUUAGGACAGUUUAUUACAUUUAAUAAUUUUACAAUUAUACAAAUUGACAAAAUUGACCAUUUUAAAAACAUUUUACAAUUAAUCUCUGUAAUUUAUACAAAAACAAAGUAGACUGUAGCACACUGAUAUAAUCCCACUUUAAAAUAUCACUAUUAUAGUCUAUUUUUGAUACAUUGUGCACAAAUCAUGAAUUUGGGCAUUUUAUGUUUUUUAAUCAAAUAAGUAUGAAUUAGAGUGUUUAUUACGCAUUUAUAGCAUGUCAGUUAAAAUGCUCACUAUUUGGUAAAUUUUGGAUUAAAGUUGCCCUUUUAUGUAUGAUGCUAAAUCUGCAUAUAAAUGAUUUAUAAUGCAUUUGUAAAUGACUUAAUAGUCAUUAAUUAACCCCUAUAUACACUCUUAACAAAGGGAACAUCAAUGUAAAUUGUUAAAAAUAAACAUUUUAAAGACAUUUUAAAAAUUCACCUUUUGUAUUCCACAGAAGUAAUGAAGUCAUUCUAGAUUGGAUUGAAAUUAUGGGAAAUAAAUGAUGAACUAAUGUUUUCCUUUAAGUAAUAUGCUAGGUUUACCAUUUACCAUCACUAUUACAUGUUGGUUUGUCUGAAGAACAUUGGUAUCAUAAGGAUAUUACUUUGAAUAAGUAUACAUGACUUAUUGCUUUUUACCAUUCAAAAUCCAACACUUACUGAAUAAUCCAAGAUUUACAGUUUUGCAACAACAUGAGGGUGAGUAAAUGAUGACAACAUUUUCAUUACUGGGUGAACUAUUCCUUUAAAAGGUGUUUCCAUUUCUAGCUGACUUGAUUUUUAACUCAGGUUGAGCAUGUCUUCUGUAAUGGAUGCAUUCUGAAAGUCAUGUGAUUAAAGUUUUGUCUUUAAAGACAUUCAUUGGAACUGACCUUUAUAUUUGCACCAAUUAGUUAUUCAUAUAUAUUUGAACUACUGGGUGUUUUAAAUGUUCUGUAUUGUCUGUACCAUGAAUGAUCCCGCAUGCUUUGAUCUAGUAAGUCUCAUUCUCAUAAGUACCUUGCUGUCUGAUUGAUACAUUAACACUGAUACAUUGAAGAAGCACCUUGUUACAUUUAAACCGACAUCAUGUAGCAUUGCACCUUUCAGUUGAGUCCAUGGUUCUUACAGUUACUGUUGUAAAUUACACAUGUAGCAAAUAUAUUACUUAUAAUUCAUUACCUGGAUAGUUACAUGUUUACUUAAAAUGUGUUACUUCAAUGUAAAUAUCAUUAUCAAUGUGUAAUUUAACAUAUUAUAUAAUAAAUUGCAUAUAAAUUGUACAUAAUUGCUGAUGUUAAACUUUGAGUGCACUAAAGUUACUUCAUGAAACUAAUAAUUGCUGAAUUAUUGUUUCAAUUUUUC